GACCUGGGGAGACUCUUGCAGACCUUCAAUUGGCACAUGGCAGAAUAACUCACAUCAGCCCAACUAGCAGCUUGAGCAGCGCUUACCUCCUCAUUCACUCGGCCAGCAGUCGCCCGACUCUCAGCCGGAGAAAGUUGUGCACCGCUUGUUGAAUGCGGGACACUCAGCUAGAGCGUCUCUUACAAGUUCAGCUUUGAAGCUCCAGACAGCAAAGAGUGGGGACUCCACUCGUUCACUCACCUCUCCCGCCGAAAUGAAAUCUGCAGAAGAAGAUCCAUUCAGCUACACGCCAAAUGUCACCCUGUCCCUUCCACUCGGGAUGGGCAACCCAUGCCUGGCCACCCAAUACCACACAUUACAGUCCAGCCCGGUUAUCUCUGUUACAUCUUGCCAUCAGACAGGCUACAACUACCAAAAUGACAACCUUGUAGCAUCAGGUUAUUACCUACCCCAUGGCUUGAGAACAAAUGGGGCACCAGCCCUGGAAAGCCCUCGCAUUGAAAUCACUGCAUACAGCCAAUGCCCAGACGAUCAAGUAGAAGAAAGACACUGUGAGGACCACGUCAACAAAAGAGGUGUCAACUCCGCUGUGACACUAACACUGCCCAAUGCAGAUGGCUACCGUGAUCCCAGCUGCCUCAGUCCUGCGAGCAGCAUUUCUUCACGCAGCUGCAACUCUGAAGCAUCCUCCUAUGAGUCUGGCUUUUACAACUAUGACAACUCUCUACAGAACUCCCCCUGGCAGUCUCCCUGUGUAUCUCCCAGAGGCUCAUCUUCUCUUUUGUCCUGCCCUCAUUCCAGGGGACCUGCAGCCUCCCCUCACAAUUCGCCCUCCACAUCCCCACAGAUUGGAGCAGUGGCUGAGGAAGGCUGGCCAGCUCAGCCUCGUGACUCCAGGCCUAACUCUCCUUCCUUCAGUGGAGGAGGUGGAUGCAACAAUAUCAGCAUUGCUGGGGUGGGAAAAAGAAAGUACAGCUUCAAUGACACUCCCUACCGCCAGACUUCAUGUUCACCUCACCAGUCUGCCACCCCCUCCCCUCAUGGCUCCCCUAGAGUCAGUGUCACAGAUGAGAACUGGCUUGCCAAUGCUAACCAGUACACCAACUCGGCAAUUGUGGCUGCUAUCAAUGCUCUCACCACAGAUGGUGUGGUAGAUAUGGGAGAAGGGAUUCCGAUCAAAACACGCAAGAUAGUAGAUCAUUCACCCUCUAUGAGCCUCAAGAUGGAACCCAGUGGAGAGGAGAUCAGUCACGAAGGGGAGAUUAGCCCAGAGGACUAUCCAUCUCGCCUCGUUUUAAAGAAGGAGAACUACUGUGGUGGAUUCCUGGAGGUGCCUCAGCAUCCGUACUCUUGGUCUAAACCCAAGCAUUACCUCAGUCCAUCCCUGCCAGCACUUGACUGGCAGCUUCCAUCCUGCUCUGGUCCAUACAGUUUACAGAUCGAGUUACAGCCAAAGUCCCACCACAGGGCCCAUUAUGAGACUGAAGGGAGUCGUGGGGCAGUCAAGGCUCUAUCUGGAGGACAUCCAGUUGUCCAGCUUUAUGGCUACAUGGAAAGCGAGCCGCUCACCCUACAGCUAUUCAUAGGGACUGCCGAUGACCGCCUCCUGCGACCCCAUGCCUUUUACCAGGUUCACCGCAUCACUGGCAAAACCGUCUCCACUGCCAGUCAUGAAGUCCUGCAAUCCAACACCAAAAUUCUGGAGAUCCCACUGCUUCCUGAAAACAACAUGAGGGCUAUAAUUGAUUGUGCGGGCAUCCUAAAGCUGCGCAACUCAGACAUUGAGCUGCGCAAAGGGGAAACAGACAUUGGACGUAAAAACACCCGAGUGAGGUUGGUGUUCCGAGUACACAUCAACCAGCCCAAUGGCAGGACCGUGUCCUUACAAGCCUGCUCGAACCCCAUUGAGUGUUCACAACGGUCAGCACAGGAACUUCCCUUGGUGGAAAAGCAGAGUAUGGACAGGUACCCUGCAACUGGAGGCAAAAUGAUGGUCCUGAGUGGUCUCAAUUUCCUCCCUGACUCAAAAGUGGUGUUCGUGGAGAAGGCUCAGGAUGGUCAUCACCUGUGGGAGACGGAAGCCAAGGUUGACAAAGACUCUGUCAAAUCUAAUUCCCUUUUUGUUGAGAUCCCACCAUAUCGAAACCAGAGAAUAUCUAACCCGCUGCAGGUGAACUUCUAUGUUUGCAAUGGCAAGAGGAAGAGGAGCCAAUACCAGAACUUUACCUAUCUUCCUCCCAGUGUGCCGAUGAUAAAGACAGAACCCAGUGAUGAAUAUGAUUCUUUGGGGACUUCAGUGCUGCCACUGCAUUCAAAGUCCUACUUCAGUCAUCCCAGACUUAAUCCCAUAAUGCCUGUUGCCGAUCAUGAUGCUUGUCUGACUGGCGGCUUCCCUCCCUGCCCCUCUCUCAAUGCUGCCAUACCGUCAUCGUCCCCCAAUUCCAGCCCAACCCUGCACGACCUUUCCCCUGUUGCAUUCAGCAAGUGCCUCCCAACUAGUCCCACCCAUGCAGCACCUUCAGGUCAGAUGGUGACUACCUUCCAGGAAAAUGGCAGGCCAAUCCUUACCCACCCAGCAUCUCCUGACCAAGGCUCUCCCCUCGGCAUGCUCCAAACUCAGGGAAGUCCCAGUCACCUCAACAGCCCAGGAACCCAUGUAUUCCACCCUACCUAUGCCAAUAGCAGCCCUUCAUCCUCCCCAGCUUCCCAUGCUUCUACUCCCAGUGGCAAUGCAGAGAGUCCAUUUAUUCAGGCCUACAGCCCAAGCCACGGCAGGGCAGCAGCCACUUCAGCCCAGGCUGGAGGGAACUCACCCAGCCUGCUUCAUGAGGAAUUAAGUCCACCUACCAUCACCGUCAAACAAGAACCCCAAGAACUGGAUCAGAUGUACCUAGAUGAUGUUAAUGAGAUCAUCAGGAAUGACCUUUCCAGCAUUUCCGUUCACACUCAUGCAUAGAUCAUUGAUCAAGUUUUGUCCAGCAGCAGUAAACGCACACACACACACACGCAUGCACACGCACACACGCACACACACACAAACGUACAUCAACAAUACAAAUGAGAGAGGAUCCAGAAGAUGAAGAAGAGUCACCCCCACCAGGAUCCCAUCUGUCCAAAGUUGCGAUCAGUUCAUUCAUUCUCAAAGACUCUCUGCAGAGUCACAUUGACUGCCUGGCACAGUUUUAAUAUCUAUUCUAACUAUGUAAGUAUAUACUGUACGUAAUAUUAUUUGUACAAACGGGAAGUGAUAGUGAGGGCAACACUUGCCUUAAAUGACAAUCUUCAUUUGGAGAAUGAUGUUCAUGUUAUAUUCCCAGAUGGGGAAAAUAAUAACUGUUGUCCAUCAUCACUUUUGUUUCAUUUUUGCUGUCACACUACAGAAACAGAAUUGGUGCCUUACUUGUAGUGAACAUGACAGACAGCUGCAAACAGAAAUGCAAAAUAUGGUAAAUUAUAACCUAAGUGCGAUGUUUUUAUAUAACAUUUUGUAUCAUUUUGAUGAUUUGUCUAUCGGGAAAUUGACAAAGGUUGGAAACGACGUCUGGAGUACGUGAACAAAUAAUUUUUUUUUCUCGGUUUUAAGUCUAUAAUAUUGAAUGUUAUGUAUUAUAUUCUUUUGUAUAAACACAAAUUUAACAUUUGCCUUCUGCUUUUUCUACUCAUUUUGCUAAAAACUUUCCACUAGUGUUCCCCAUUAUUAUGAUUAUUAUUAUUAUUAGUGCUAUUUUUUGUACACCUCAUGACAGUUUCCACCCUAGUGCCUGUUUUGUCAUGCCCAGACCUUGACGGUAAUACACAGACAAUCAUUCAACAUCACACAUCCCGCCCACAACUAAGGUUUUGUUUUGGCAUUAUCAUAUCAAGUCACCUUUUGAUUAGAAUAUCAUAGAAAUAAAAUAGAAAGCAUUUAUUUUUAUUUUACAGUCCAUAUCCAAUUUCAUAUUUCUAGUUAAACAAAGGUAUACUUACCUGCUGAAUUUAAACAAAAAUAAAGUACUGCUAAGCCAUUUAGUCUUUUACUUCUUGCACUGCAUAUGUGAUGUGUAAAUGAGCAGAAGGAAGUGUACGCAACCGCCUCAGUUUUACCCAUCGCGGUAAUUUAAAUGAGGACCUGGCAGGACUGUUACUUCUUACUGGCAAUAAUUGAUUUGUGUAAACCAAAGGAUUUUAUCUUUGGUGAUAUUAUUGUCAAAGUUUAUUUCCUCUUCUUUUUUCUUCUUUUUUCUCUCUCUCUUCAGACUUUAACUUCCAGUGAUUCCGCCCAAUACAAAAAUAUUAUGCACUUUACCAUAGAAACGGAGGCAAGUAGUAGUGCUCCCAGACCAAAUGUUGUACUCUUUCCUCCUCUCAUAUCAAUCUGCCGUUUCCAUGUUAUUGUCUUCUGGAGCAUGCAUAUUGUCCCUAUAGUUUUUUAUUAUUUAGCUGAUCAUGGAUUUCAAUGUAGCUCUUCCAUACAAUUUUGGAAUGAUAGUAUAAAAGCAUGACUAAACUAUAUGAGCAAGGUUUCAAUUAUGUGCCUUAUUGUCCCGCUGGGAUUCGAGAUCAUUUACUAUUAUUGCUUUUCUGUUUAGGCACAAGGUGAACCAUAUGUCUUAUUAAUAUGAUAUAUUUAUGAACGAUGAAAUGAAAUGUGUUUUAAGUGCAUUUAAGUGUGAAUUAAUAAAUGGUGUCGUAGUGCCUAACUUAAGUCCCCAAUGUAUUUUGUUUUUUGGAGGUGUUAAUAAAGUAACAGGAUUGUUGUGUCUUGCUGUCUACUCUAAGGAUUGAAUAACUGAAUGUUUUAUUUCUUUUA